AUGAGAGUAUUGAUAGAAAUCGCUGGCGCAGAGGGAGCGAGAAAUGGCUUGCGCUGUAAGAGACUCGCUGUGUGUGUACGUGACAGACUUCUAGAUAUACCUUGCAAAGUUUGUGGAGAUAGAAGUUCUGGAAAACAUUAUGGAAUUUAUAGUUGCGACGGUUGUUCUGGAUUUUUUAAACGUAGUAUACACCGAAAUAGAGUUUACACAUGUAAGGCGACAGGAGACAUGAAAGGACGCUGUCCCGUUGAUAAGACCCAUCGAAACCAAUGUAGAGCUUGUAGAUUAAAUAAAUGCUUUCAGGCUAGUAUGAACAAAGAUGUAAUAAACAAUGUUCUAAGACCUUUAAAAUUUUUUGCCAGGAAAAUGAAAAAAAUAUGA